CUCCUCCAGCAGCUCCCCCCGGCCCCCCACCUCCCGUUCCCGGGCGGCGGGUCUGAAGCGGCGGCGCGAUGAGCUGGCCGGCCGCCCCCGGCUCGGGGCUGUGAGGCGCUCGGGGCCGGGGUGCGCGGCGGCGCGGCGGGCGGCGGACGCUCCUGCUCGGCGGCGGCCAUGCGCGCGGGGGGCCGGGGCGGCGUCCCGGGGACCGGCGGCCUGAGGGCCCCGCCGCCGCCGCUGCUGCUGCUGCUGCUGGCGAUGCUGCCCGCCGCCGCCCCGCGGUCCCCGGCCCUGGCCGCCGCUCCUGCGGGACCCAGCGUGAGCCUCUACCUGAGCGAGGACGAGGUGCGCCGGCUGCUCGGACUGGAUGCAGAGCUUUACUAUGUGAGAAAUGACCUCAUCAGUCACUACGCUCUGUCCUUUAACCUGCUAGUGCCCAGCGAGACAAACUUCCUGCACUUCACUUGGCAUGCAAAGUCCAAGGUUGAAUAUAAGCUGGGAUUCCAAGUAGACAACUUUGUGGCUAUGGGCAUGCCCCAGGUCAAUAUUUCUGCCCAAGGGGAGGUCCCACGCACUUUAUCAGUGUUUCGGGUCGAGCUUUCUUGUACCGGCAAAGUAGACUCUGAAGUUAUGAUACUAAUGCAGCUCAAUCUGACAGUAAAUUCUUCAAAAAAUUUUACAGUUUUAAAUUUUAAACGGAGGAAAAUGUGCUACAAAAAACUUGAAGAAGUAAAAACUUCAGCCUUGGACAAAAACACUAGCAGAACUAUUUAUGAUCCUGUGCAUGCAGCUCCAACUACUUCCACGCGCGUGUUUUAUAUCAGUGUGGGGGUUUGUUGUGCAGUGAUAUUUCUUGUAGCAAUAAUAUUAGCCGUUUUGCACCUUCAUAGUAUGAAAAGGAUUGAACUGGAUGACAGCAUCAGCGCCAGCAGUAGUUCCCAGGGGCUGUCUCAGCCGUCCACACAGACGACCCAGUAUCUGAGGGCCGACACACCCAACAAUGCAACUCCUAUCACCAGCUCCUCAGGUUAUCCUACCUUGCGGAUAGAGAAGAACGACUUGCGGAGCGCCACUCUUCUGGAAGCCAAAGCCAAGGUGAAGGAUAUCGCAAUAUCCAGGGAAAGGAUAACGCUGAAAGAUGUGCUUCAAGAAGGUACUUUUGGGCGUAUUUUCCAUGGGAUUUUAGUAGACGAAAAAGAUCCAAAUAAAGAAAAGCAAACAUUCGUGAAAACAGUUAAAGACCAAGCUUCUGAAGUUCAAGUGACGAUGAUGCUCACCGAGAGCUGUAAGCUACGAGGUCUCCACCACAGAAAUCUUCUUCCUAUUACUCAUGUGUGCAUAGAAGAAGGAGAAAAGCCCAUGGUGGUAUUGCCGUACAUGAAUUGGGGGAAUCUUAAAUUAUUUCUACGGCAGUGCAAAUUAGUAGAAGCCAAUAAUCCACAGGCAAUUUCCCAACAAGAUCUGGUACACAUGGCUAUUCAGAUUGCCUGCGGAAUGAGCUACCUGGCGAGAAGGGAAGUGAUCCAUAAAGACCUGGCUGCUAGGAACUGUGUCAUCGACGACACUCUUCAAGUAAAAAUCACAGACAAUGCCCUUUCCAGAGACUUGUUUCCUAUGGACUACCACUGCCUAGGGGACAACGAGAACAGACCAGUGAGAUGGAUGGCUUUGGAAAGUCUGGUUAAUAAUGAAUUCUCUAGUGCUAGUGAUGUGUGGGCCUUUGGAGUGACGCUGUGGGAGCUCAUGACUCUGGGACAGACGCCCUAUGUGGACAUCGACCCCUUUGAGAUGGCCGCAUACCUGAAAGAUGGUUACCGAAUAGCCCAACCAAUCAACUGCCCCGAUGAACUGUUCGCUGUGAUGGCCUGUUGCUGGGCCUUGGACCCGGAGGAGAGGCCUAAGUUUCAGCAGCUGGUCCAGUGUCUCACGGAGUUCCACGCUGCUCUGGGAGCCUACGUCUGACUUCUGUUCCAGCUCCACCACUCAGAAGAAAGUGCCUGUCUGUCUCGGGCUUCCGUGCCUCGGAGUGCCUGCAGGAGCACAUUUGUCUCCAGAUCACCCAGCCUUAGGAAUGCUUUCAAACUGAACUUUUAAGACAACUUAAUAAUGCAGAGUAUUUUCUAGAUACCACUUUUACUAGGUUGAACCAAAAGGGGUUUUGUAAAUUUUUUGGCCAAAAAUUUUUUAAAAUAUAGUUACUUUGGACUAGGGGGUGCAUUCUUUAAAAAAAAAUAAAACAGUUUUAAAAAUUA